UGUCUACCUUAUAAGUCGAAAUCCCCGAUCGACGAUCUCGCCAUCUCAGCUCUAUCAUCCCUUUCUCAUCCCUCCCAUAACCGAAACAACGACAUCUCAUCUCAACAAGCAGCAACCAACCGAUCAUGGAUCACUCCGGCCACGACCACAGCGCCCACAUGGACCACUCCGGCCACGGCGACAUGAGCGCCGCCGGUGACAUGCACUCGGGCCAUCCUGGGAUGGGCGGAGGACCGCCGAGGUGUAGCAUGAACAUGCUGUUUACCUGGAACACGGAGAACCUCUGCAUCGUCUUUCGCCAGUGGCGCAUCGACUCGACCUUCACCCUCGUGGUCUCCCUUCUCGCCAUCGUCGCCCUCGCGGCUGGGUACGAGGCGCUUCGCGAGGGUAUCAGGCAGUAUGAGGCUUGGACUAACAAGAGGGUGGAAACUGCGCCUCACUCUCGAGACCAGUAUCGCGAUGAUGAGGACGUUGAACCACAACAUGAAGAAGAAGAACGUCUUGCUGAGACUACCACGCCGUGGUUCUUAGGGCAACAUGCGGCUGAAGUCACCAAGCGGGCCCACGCCAUCAAGUCGGUUCUGUAUGGAAUCCAGAACUUUUAUGCCUUUAUGAUCAUGCUCAUCUUCAUGACAUACAACGGCUGGGUCAUGUUGGCUUGCUCUUUGGGAGCUGCGCUGGGAUACUUCAUCUUCGGUUCCCGUACUACUGCUACCAAGGAUACUGCUUGCCAUUAGGAGGUGUCACGGACGUGUUCGUGGGCGCGAUAUGCUCAGGCAUAGUGGAAAAACCCAUAUGGGUCGAAGAUCGUGAGGUGCUGUAGCGGUAUUGCAUAGCGGCCGGGGAGCAGAAUGGCUAGAGGCGUUCGAGAAGUGCAACUGGAGUAUUGCUGGACGUCACUAGAUACAAUUUUGAGUCGGACGGUUGAUACGAGCUGGAACGCGCGGAAUAUCCAG